AUGAAUUUCUACUUAGUCCCGGCUGUGUCCUACCAGACUCAGCAGAAGUUGAAGGACCAAUUAGGCAAGCGCAAACAUCGCUCGUCAAAGCAUUCUCAAAAGUCAGACCAAUCUAAAGACUCUAACCAAAGUAUCUUUAGCUCUUCUGUUAAAUCAAGUAACGAUUCCCAUUCAAUGGAAAAUGCAUCAUUUUGUAGUGCAAAAAGCGGAAGAAGUUCGUCGUUAUAUGAGAUUGAAGAAGACAAUAUCUCAGAUAUCAUAUCUGAGUACAUAGGAGACUCUCAAAGUAGACAUUCUACUUCAAGACGCAAUUCUCAUCUGUCCAUACCUCAUUCGGUACAAUCUGUACCUUCAAAGAAGUCUGCCACCAAUCAUGUCUUUAACUAUGCUGGAAACGAAGAAAUUGUCGCCUUCCUCGACCACAAUAAGAUGAAGACAAGACAUCGUAGAAAUCUUUCUUCUUCUACCACACAGAGCCUUUCCCCAAAAAAGUCUUCUUCAUCUUCGGCCGAUAGUAUCUCACCAAAAAAGUCCUCAAUGAAGAAGGAGGCUGUAUAUGGCUACGAUUCUGAGAUGAACAAUAUCCGUAUAAAAAUGAAAAACGUCAGUGUAGUGGAGCCACAAGAACAAGAAGCAAUUCCAGUGGAGGAGGAAUACGUCCAUAAUCUUGUUCAUUUUUCUGAAGACUCUGAGGAUUCUGAAGACGAAGAAGAAAUGGGUGCACAAUUGACAAGGGUCUUUUCUGAUGUCGAUUCCAUUUUCAGCAAGCAAGAGCCAAGGCACAAAUCUACCAGCUCUGCUACCUCUCCUUCCGAAUUCUCGACCUCUUCUGAAGAUUUAAAGCAGCCUGGUCCCAGACUCUCGAGAUUCAGAAGAAAGUUUAUUUGA